UUCAGAGUCCGCUGGAAUCCCACGGAGAGUCGAGACUUGACGGUGGUCUCUCGCCCCGGCUUUUGUGUGUUCCGGUCAGACUUCAAGCAUGGCGUGGACCAAAUACCAACUGUUCCUGGCGGGACUUAUGCUGACAACCGGCUCUAUUAACACGUUAUCGGCCAAGUGGGCGGACACGUUCAGUGCACCGGGCUGCCAUGGUGACCCUAAUCAUACAUUCUCCCACCCUUUUGUCCAGGCAGUGGGCAUGUUUCUGGGCGAGUUCAGCUGUCUGGCCGUCUUCUACAUCCUCCUCUGCCACGACCGUCGCAGCCCUGAGCCCCAGAUGAACCCAGGCCAGAGCUUCAACCCGUUCCUGUUCUUUCCCCCCGCCAUGUGUGACAUGUUGGCCACCUCCACCAUGUACGUAGCUCUCAGCAUGACCAGCGCCUCCAGCUUCCAGAUGCUCCGCGGCGCAGUCAUCAUCUUCACGGGGCUACUUUCUGUGGCGUUUCUCAGGCGACGGCUGUUAACCAGUCAGUGGGUGGGGAUCCUCACCACCAUCCUGGGCCUGGUGAUAGUGGGUCUGGCCGACUUCCUCAGUGGACACCAAGACGACAGUCACAAACUCAGUGACGUCCUCACAGGAGACCUUCUGAUCAUCUUGGCUCAGGUCAUAGUCUCUGUGCAGAUGGUCCUGGAGGAAAAGUUUGUCUAUAAACAUGAUGUGCAUCCUCUGCGAGCCGUUGGAAUUGAAGGUUUCUUUGGUUUCUUCGUCCUGACGCUGCUGCUCAUCCCUAUGUACUUCAUCCACGUGGGCGAGUUCAGCGACAACCCCCGCCAGGUCCUGGAGGACGCGCUGGACGCCUUCUGUCAAAUCGGCCACCGGCCGCUCAUCUUGCUGGCGCUGCUGGGCAACACGGUCAGUAUCGCCUUCUUCAACUUCGCCGGCAUCAGCGUCACCAAGGAGAUCAGCGCGACCACGCGCAUGGUGCUGGACAGCCUGCGCACGCUGGUCAUCUGGGCGAUGAGCCUGGCGCUGGGCUGGGAGAAGUUCCACGGCCUGCAGGUGCUGGGCUUCUUGGUCCUGUUGACCGGCACGGCGCUCUACAACGGACUGCAUCGGCCCCUGCUGGCCAGGAUACCGUGCUGCGCCGGGCUGGCCGGCAGGGAGGAGGAGGAGGAGGAGCAGAGCAGUGCGGGGGAACGGGAGAGACUGCUUGGCGACGGUUCAGUGCAGGCACCCGAUCAGAGCUAAAGUAGCAGCUGCUACACUUUGCACAAAGUCCAAAACACUGCACCUUUUAAUCGAAUACAACUUUUUACUCCACACUGCUGUACUUGCAUUUUACUUCCUUUUUUUUUUUUUUAGAAUAUUUUUUUUAAGUAUCCUGACAUAUUUUACUCAGUGUUUUUCAAAUAUUUUUUUAAGUAUCCCGACUUAUUUUACUCAGAAUUUAUUGUUUUAUUAUCUUGACUCAUUUUACUCAGAUUUGUUUUUAGAAUAUUUUUUAAGUAUCCUGACUUAUUUUACUUAGUUUCUUUUCAAAUAUUUUUAAUUAUCCUGACUUAUUUUACUUAGGUUUUUUUCCAAAUAUUUUGAGUAUCCUGACUUAUUUUACUGAGUUUUUUUUUCCAAAUAUUUUUUAAAUAUCCUGACUUAUUUUACUCAGAAUAAUUUUUUUUAAGUAUCUUGGCGUAUUUUACUCAGAUAUUUUUAGAAUAUUUUUUAAGUUAAAGUUAAAGUAUUUUAACUUUAACUUAAAAAAGUUAGUUAUUGCACUCACAAUUAUUUGUUCUAAUUAUCCUGACUACUUUUACUCUUUUUUUUUUAAAUUUUUUAAAUUUUAAGUAUCCUGACUUAUUUUACUUGGUUAUUUUUUAAAUAUCCUGACUUAUUUUACUCAGAAUUAUUUUUUUAGGUAUCCUGACUUAUUUUACUGACAUUCUUUUUCUUCCCUUUUUGUUAUGUUUUUGAGUAUCCUGACUUAUUUUACUCAGAUUUGUUUAUUAGAAUAUUUUUUUAAGUAUCUUGAGUUAUUUUACUCAGAUUUUAAUUUUUUAAAAAUUUUAAAUAAUGCUGACUCAGCAGUGAGCUUGUGCCAAAUACUUAAUAUUGUUAUUUUUCCAGGUAAAAAAGAAAAAUGUAUUCUGUCACAUAAAAAUAAGGGAUUUGCGCACGCUGUAUGAACCAAGAGUCUUUUUCAUUUCACCUUGUACUGAACGGAAACAAAAAAGAGAAGUGUCAUUAAAAUCAUGUCAUG